ACUCAUCAGACGGCAUCAGGAAACACUCAGCGAAAGUAACUCAUCGAAAUGGGAGACGUUGCAACUCCAGCUGACAAGAAGGCCCCACCCAAGUUCAAGCAGAGGGCCGCUCGUACCUUCAAGAGCAAGGCGCCCAAGCCCGGCCAGAAGGGAUUCGGAGACGACAUCCCCGGCAUGGAGGGUCUGGGCACUGACAUCACAGUGGUCUGCCCAUGGGAGGCCUUCGGCGACAUGGAGCUCAGCGACUUGGCGAAAUAUGGAAUCGUUUAACCCUCCUCUCCUCUCCUCUCCUCCUCUCCUCUCCUCUCCUCUCCUCCUCUCCUUUCCUUUCCUUUGCCUUCUACCACCAUUACCCGUCAUCUUACUCCAGCUGUAGACUCAGCAGCUGAAAACGUUGUCCUUGUGUGAUCUAGAGAGGAGGCAGCUUUUGAUGAUUCAGAGGUUUGACCUGGACAAAGAAGAAUCCAGCUCUUGUCUCAUGCACUUUAUUUACCCUGUCCAGCGAUUUGCCAUAAUGCCCUUUUAUACUUUUCUUACCCGCUCUUCCUCCAACUAAAAAAAUCUGCUUUCUAAAGAGUGAUAAUUUGUACUCUCCACUGAGGAGAAAAUAAAUUAACAAUUUGAAACAUCAAGUAUGGAUUGCUCUCAGUUUUGUCCUCCUCUUCUUCUACCUCUUCUCCUCAAAGCUGCCAACCCAACAUGCACAGAGGUCUAUUUUGUGUAUUAGAGAGAGUUUGAAAUAUAUUUUUAUGACAAAGUUUAACUAAUUCUCUCUGUUGUGUCAGAAGAGAGGAACAAAUCCAUCAACUCAAUAAAUCUGAUAUUUUCCAAAGAG